AAGCGAGCUACAGCUUCCUUCCUGCCGUGCCCGGCCGCCGGGGUUUACGUUAUAUAUACCUCCACCACCCAGCCCGGCAACACCCAUUGCCAAACACCACGACCCUACCGCCACCACAGCCUCCACAAGCCGCGCGCCCAUCGGCUACCUCUCCUCCGAUCCGAUCCCACGCCCUGCUGCUCCGCCUGCUCGUGCAUGACAUUGAUCGAGCCUCCUGUCCGACCACUCCCCCUCUCCUCCUAUACCUACAGCGGUCAUUAAUGGAGGUGCCCGCGGCGCCGGCGGUGGGGAAGCGGAUGUGGAGCUACCUGCGCGCGAUCUUCUUCAUGGCGCGCAAGGGCCUGCUCUCCAACAAGCGCAAGCUCCUCCUCGGCAUGCACCUCCUCAUCAAGCGCCGCAACAAGGCCGUGCCGCGCACCGUCGCCGCGCUCCUCUCCCACCACCACGGCAGCAACGCGCUGCGCCGCCGCGACUACGAGUUCUCCUGCAGCAACAGCCCGGACCCCGCCGCCGCCGGCUUCUCGGCGUCCAGCAGGCGCCACCUCGCCUACUUCCCCUGCCUCGGCGCGGUGGCCCAGGAGGACGACGGCCGCUACGUACACGGCUCCUCCCUGCAGCCCGCGCCCGUCGGCAGGAUCGAGUACUACGCCGCCGCCGCCGCAUCCCCCGCGCCGUCGUCGCCGGGGAUCCUACUGCGGGAGCUCGCGCCGGGGGAGCCAGCUGCAGAGGAUCAGUCGUCCUACUGCUGCGCGUCGCCCGCGCUGCAGCUCGGCGGCGGCGACGGCGCAUUCUCGGUGCGGGUGUCCAACUACUCAUCGGAGGACGAAGGGGGCGCCGGCGCCCAGGCCGUGGACGACGAGGUGGAGGAGUUCAUCCGCCGCUUCUACGACCAGCUCCGCCGCCAGAACACCGUCGCGCUGCUCCCGUACAUGCAGGAGUCCGCCGCGUGAUCGAUCACGCCGGCCCUCGCCGGAAUUGCUUGCUUGGCGUGGUGUGCAUGCAAGGAAUGUUUGUACAGCAAUGCAUGUAGACAAGUACAGAACUACUACAUCUACAAUAGUUUGUAACGUGCCCACGUUUUGCAUGUAUGUAUGUGUACGUAUUGUAAGGAAAGAUGUUGAUUAGCCCCCAUGCUGGUUUUGGUUGCUGGGACAGAUUAAUAAUUUCAGUUAG